AUGGAGGCCAGGGCAGUGGGUGAGGCCGAGGAGGACGCCGGAGCGGGCUCGGGGUCGGAGGCGGAGGAGGACGCGCUCUGGGAGCGGAUCGAGGGCGUGCGGCACAAGCUGACGCGCGCCCUGAACCCCGCCAAGCUCACGCCGUACCUGCGCCAGUGCCGGGUCAUCGACGAGCAGGACGAGGAGGAGGUGCUGAGCACCUACCGCUUCCCGUGCCGCGUCAACCGCACCGGGCGCCUGAUGGACAUCCUGCGUUGCCGUGGCAAGAGGGGCUACGAGGCUUUUCUGGAAGCCCUGGAGUUCUACUACCCAGAGCACUUCACGCUGCUCACGGGCCGGGAAGCUGCCCAGCGCUGCUCCAUGAUCCUGGAUGAGGAGGGGCCGGAAGGCUUGACCCAGUUCCUGAUGACCGAGGUGCGGCGCCUGCGGGAGGCUCGAAAGAGCCAGCUGCAGCGGGAGCAGCAGCUGCAGGCCCGCGGCCGGGUGCUGGAGGAGGAGCGGGCAGGGCUGGAGCAGCGGCUGCGGGAGCAGCAGCAGGCCCAGGAGCGCUGCCAGCGGCUGCGGGAGGACUGGGAGGCGGGCAGCCUGGAGCUGCUGCGGCUUAAGGACGAGAACUACAUGAUCGCCAUGCGCCUGGCACAGCUCAGCGAGGAGAAGAACUCGGCCGUGCUGCGCAGCCGGGACCUGCAGCUGGCGGUGGACCAGCUCAAGCUCAAGGUGAGCCGGCUGGAGGAGGAAUGCUCCCUGCUGCGAAGGACUCGGGGGCUGCUCUCCGGGGCCGAGGAGAAGGAGAAGGAGCCGGACAGUGUGGACCUUGUCUCUGAGCUGCAGGCUGAGAACCAGCGGCUGACGGCGUCUUUGCAGGAGCUGCAGGCGGGCUUACAGCAGGAGGCCAGCCGGCCGGGGGCCCCGGGCUCAGAGCGCAUCCUUCUGGACAUCCUGGAACAUGACUGGCGGGAGGCGCAGGACUGCAGGCAGGAGCUGUGCCAGAAGCUGCAUGACGUGCAGGGCGAGCUGCAGUGGGCAGAGGAGCUGCGGGACAAGUACCUGCAGGAGAUGGAGGACCUGCGGCUGAAGCACCGCACGCUGCAGAAGGACUGUGACCUGUACAAGCACCGCAUGGCCACCGUCCUGGCCCAGCUGGAGGAGAUCGAGAAGGAGCGGGACCAGGCCAUCCAGAGCCGGGACCGGAUCCAGCUGCAGUACUCGCAGAGCCUUAUCGAGAAGGACCAGUACCGCAAGCAGGUGCGGGGCCUGGAGGCCCAGCGGGACGAGCUGCUGACCACGCUCACCAGCCUGGAGGGCACCAAGAGCCUGCUGGAAGCCCAGCUGCAGCGGGCCCAGGGCAGCACCUGCCUCAAGGCCUGUACCUCCUCCCACUCCCUGUGCUCCAACCUCAGCAGCACCUGGAGCCUGAGCGAGUUCACCUCCCCGCUAGGGGGCUCAGACACAGCAGGAGAGGCGGCCGUCACCGGGGGAUCUGAGCCCCACACCUCGGAAGAGGCUGCAGACAGCGAGAAGGAGAUCAACCGUCUCUCCAUCCUGCCCUUCCCUCCCAGCGCCGGCUCCAUCCUUCGCCGACAGCGGGAGGAGGACCCUGCUGCGCCUGCUAAGAGGUCCUUCAGCAGCAUGUCUGACAUCACAGGGAGUGUGACACUGAAACCCUGGUCCCCCGGCCUUUCCUCGUCCUCAUCCUCCGACAGCGUGUGGCCUCUGGGAAAGCCGGAUGGCCCUCUGGCCCGGGGCUUGGAUCUCUUCAACAGGUCGUUGGCCAUCCGGUUGUCGGGCUGGAACCCCCCAGGGGGGCCUGAACCUCAAGACAAAAGUCUAGACAGCCUGUCACUCCUUGGGGACAGCUGGUCCGGGUCCGUGGUGCGGCGGGUGCUUUCUGGGCCCGGGUCAGCAAGGACCGAACCUGGAGAGCCAAGGACUGAUGGCGCUGGCCUGGAAGGGGCAUGCCUGGAUGCUGAGGCCCAGCAGAGACCCUCACCCUGGAGCCAGGGGUCCACACUCCCCUACCUCGUGGACCCGAAGGCCUUCCAGUCCUUCCAUGAGGCCCUGGAUGCCUGGGUGAAGGGGUUGAACACUGAGCCUUUCUACAUUCGAGCCAACCUGACCCUGCCUGAACGGGCAGACCCCCAUGCCCUGUGCGUGAAAGCCCAGGAGAUUCUGCGCCUGCUAGACCCCGCCUACAAACGGCGGCAGGAGUGGUUCUGCACCCGCGUGGACCCCCUGACCCUGCGGGACCUGGACCGAGGCACCGUGCCCAAUUAUCAGAGAGCCCAGCAGCUCCUGGAAGUUCAGGAAAAAUGCCUGCACUCCGGUCGGCACCGAAGCCCCCGCAGUAAUCUAAAGAAGCGAGCCCUAGAUCAACUCCGGCUGGUGAAGGCCAAGCCUUUGGGGGGUCCUGCCGGGGAACCCCCGGAACAGAUGCUGCUGGAGCCCUGCUCAGAGCCAGAGCGGAGCCUCAAACCUUACAGCCUGGUGCGCCCCCUGCUCGUGUCUGCCCCGCGGCCCGUGGUCCUCUUGCCCGAGUGCCUGGCGCCCCGGCUCAUCAGAAACCUGUUAGACCUGCCCAGCUCCCGGCUGGACUUCCACGUGUGCCCAGCGGAAAGCCUCUCUGGAGAGGAACAGUGCGUGUCCUCGGCACCCGGAGCCCCCAAGGCCCGGCCUGCCACCCCCGGCCUGGGCAGCAGGAUCCGCACCAUCCAGGAGAAUGUGGGGAAGAAGCACUGCCUGUUGGAGCUGGGGAUUCGGGGCGUGCGGGAGCUGGUCCUGAGUGAGAUCUACCCCAUAGUCAUCCACGUGGAGGUGACGGAGAAGAAUGUCCGAGAAGUCAGGGGCCUGCUGGGCCGGCCGGGCUGGCGGGACUCGGAGCUGCUCCGCCAGUGCCGUGGCUCCGAGCAGGUGCUAUGGGGGCUGCCCUGCUCCUGGGCGCAGGUGCCCCCCAGCGCGUGGACGCACGCGGAGGAGUUGGCCAAGGUGGUGCGUGGCCGCAUCCUGCAGGAGCAAGCGCGCCUCGUGUGGGCUGAGUGUAGUGGUGGUGCCACAGGGCGCGGCGGCAGCAGCGAGGCCUGA